AUCUUACAAUACAUUUACUCCUUCGUUUUUCUCGAGAAAUCUAGAGAUAAUUAAUAAGGAUCCCGACGAAAUUAAGCUGUCCAAAUUGCUUGACUAGAGAAAAGCCUUUUCAUUGAAGAUAAUGGCGGAAGUAAAUGGAGUCAUUCCAACAAUAGACUUGGAAGAGGUUAAUGAUCAGAUUCUGAAUGAGAAAAUCCGUGAAGCGAGUGAGAGAUGGGGAUGUUUCACGGUGAUAAACCAUGGAGUUUCUUUGUCUUUGAUGGCUGAGAUGAAGAAGACUGUUAGAGAUCUCCAUGAACGUCCAUAUGAGAUGAAACUGCGAAACACCGAUGUGUUACUAGGGAAUGGUUACAAGCCUCUAAGUGAGUUCAAUCCUUUUUAUGAAUCAUUUGGUCUUUUUGACAUGGCAUCUCCUCAAGCUGUCAAUAGUUUUUGUGAUAAACUCGACGCCUCGCCAGAUCAAAGGGAGAUUUUGCUAAAGUAUGCAAAAGCUACUGAUGAUCUUGCGAGGAGUCUAGCAAGGAGAUUAGCGGAGAGCUACGGAGUGGUAGAGCCCAAUUUUUUGAGAGGAUGGCCAAGCCAAUUUCGGAUGAACAAAUAUCAUUUUAAACCGGAUUCUGUUGGAAAACUCGGUGUGAUAUUACACACGGAUCCUGGUUUCUUGACAAUUCUUCAAGGUGAUGAGGAUGUUGGUGGACUUGAAGCCAUGGACAACUCUUCAGGAUCCUUUUUCCCCAUACACACAUUGCCGAACACGCUUCUUGUCAACCUUGGUGACAUGGCUACGAUAUGGAGCAAUGGAAGGUUAUGCAAUGUGAAGCAUAGAGUGCAAUGCAUAGAGGCAAAAAUGAGGAUUACUAUUGCUUCGUUCCUAUUAGGACCAGUGGAUAGAGAUCUUGAAGCUCCAGAUGAAUUUGUGGAUGCUGAACAUCCGCGACUAUACAAGCCUAUCAGUGACGGAGGACUAAGAAAGAUUAGACUUAGCAAGCAUCUUCAUGCUGGCGAAUCUCUCAAGUUCAUAACCAUAAAUGAGUUAAGUGACGUCCCAAAGAUAGAUUAAGCGGACUAUUAAAUGUACCAACAUAUAUCUGUCUUCAAAUAUUUUAAUUCUCAUAUUUUUAUUUUUUGUUACCCUGAAUAAUGUAAUAAAUUUCGUUGUGCUUAUAGUAUCACGCACGCUUUCUAUUCCAGUCAUCCCGCUCGAAUAUACAUGCAUACGAGUUACAAUGAUAAGACAAUGUAUUAUAUAUAUGAAUAUAAUUAAAUGUAAUCAAUAAUUCAAGGGCUUAUAUAUAAUAAGAUAAGACAUAGG